GUCCCAACUCAUAUCCGCUCUUUCCUUCACCGCCUCUAUUUCUACGGAUUCUUUUUUAGCUCUCUCUCCUAUAUAAACACCCCCCUCCCCUCGUCUCCUCACAAUUCAUUCUCUCCUCUCAACCCAACACAACAAAUCUCUUUUCUCUUCAAUUGCAAGAUGCAGAUCUUUGUGAAAACUCUGACCGGAAAGACCAUCACCUUGGAGGUGGAAAGUUCUGACACAAUCGACAACGUCAAAGCCAAGAUCCAGGACAAGGAAGGCAUUCCUCCUGAUCAGCAACGUCUUAUUUUCGCUGGUAAGCAGCUCGAAGAUGGCAGGACUCUGGCUGACUACAACAUCCAGAAGGAGUCCACACUCCAUCUUGUCCUCCGUCUCCGCGGGGGUAUGCAGAUCUUCGUUAAGACGUUGACCGGAAAGACGAUCACUCUGGAAGUCGAGAGCUCAGACACAAUUGACAAUGUCAAGGCCAAGAUUCAGGAUAAGGAGGGCAUUCCCCCGGACCAGCAGAGAUUGAUCUUUGCUGGAAAGCAGCUCGAGGACGGAAGGACUCUGGCUGAUUACAAUAUUCAGAAGGAAUCCACCCUUCACCUUGUGCUCCGUCUUCGUGGAGGGAUGCAGAUUUUCGUCAAGACCUUGACAGGAAAGACUAUUACCCUUGAGGUUGAGAGCUCGGAUACUAUUGACAAUGUGAAAGCUAAGAUCCAGGAUAAGGAAGGGAUCCCACCAGACCAGCAGAGGCUCAUCUUUGCUGGUAAGCAGCUUGAGGACGGAAGAACCCUAGCUGAUUACAACAUUCAGAAAGAAUCAACACUCCAUCUGGUCCUCCGUCUCCGUGGAGGGAUGCAGAUUUUUGUCAAGACCUUGACAGGCAAGACUAUUACCCUGGAGGUUGAGAGCUCGGAUACGAUUGACAAUGUGAAAGCUAAGAUCCAGGACAAGGAAGGAAUUCCCCCAGACCAGCAGAGGUUGAUCUUCGCUGGUAAGCAACUGGAGGAUGGCAGGACUCUUGCAGACUACAACAUUCAGAAAGAGUCAACACUCCAUCUGGUUCUCCGACUCCGUGGUGGUAUGCAGAUUUUUGUCAAGACCUUGACAGGAAAGACUAUUACCCUUGAAGUUGAGAGUUCAGAUACCAUUGACAAUGUCAAGGCCAAGAUCCAAGACAAGGAAGGAAUUCCCCCAGACCAACAGAGGUUGAUCUUCGCUGGUAAGCAGUUGGAGGACGGCAGGACCCUUGCCGACUACAACAUCCAGAAGGAGUCUACACUCCAUCUUGUGUUGCGUCUUCGUGGUGGAAUGCAGAUCUUUGUCAAGACCCUGACUGGGAAGACAAUCACCCUUGAAGUUGAGAGCUCUGACACUAUUGACAACGUCAAAGCAAAAAUUCAGGAUAAGGAAGGCAUCCCACCAGACCAGCAGCGUUUGAUCUUUGCUGGAAAGCAGUUGGAGGAUGGCAGGACCCUUGCAGACUACAAUAUCCAGAAGGAGUCUACCCUUCACCUUGUGUUGCGUCUCCGUGGUGGUAUGCAGAUUUUCGUGAAGACUCUGACCGGCAAGACUAUAACCCUAGAGGUGGAGAGUUCAGAUACCAUUGACAAUGUUAAGGCGAAGAUCCAGGACAAGGAAGGAAUUCCUCCAGAUCAGCAGAGGUUGAUCUUUGCUGGAAAGCAACUUGAGGAUGGUAGGACUCUGGCUGAUUAUAAUAUCCAGAAGGAGUCCACCCUUCACUUGGUCUUGCGUCUCCGUGGUGGCAAUUUCUGAGCAGUGUUCCUAGUUGGUGUCUGAUGAAUUUGUCCUUUUUUUAUGAACUUUGUUUAAGCUCCUUGUGUGGGAAGAACAGUUACUGUGGUUAUUCAAGUGUUGGUGAAUAAACUUGUUUUUUAGUAA